AGCUGCAGUGCUUAGUAAGAGGUUUACAAAAGCUCCCUCUUGCUCGAUUCUUUUCAAACACCCUGAUCUCUGUUAUAAAGCUAGCUAUAUUCUUUUGUGCUGAUUUGUUUUAUAUUGCAGAUGUCAUUCAGAUCUUCCGCAGAAAAGCCUAGUUUAUAAUCCUGACCUUGAAGUGUUGUUUGUAUGGAUUAUUUUUGAAAAGACCAGAUCUGACAAUGGCAGUGAAUCAACUAGAAGAUGUAAUUCAAAAAUGGAGAACAAUUGAAGAGUUUAAACCAGAAGACCAUGAACUCUUUCUAAAUGCUGGCCAUACUUGCAUUGCCCAAGGUGAUGGCACUCUACUACUGAACUUCAUAAAAGACGAGGCAAAUAAGCACAUAGUGAGGUCUAUGGGCGGUGGUCUAGUGCCUGCACUGGUGAGUGAAGUGCUGAGAAAUGGCCGCAGUGCUGUUCACUGUCAGGCUAUCCUCAGUGAACUAGUACAGAUCUGCAGAGUGAAAGAAGUACUCAAUACUUUACUUCAACAAGUGGAUGAUGCUGAUCCGAAUGCAAUUGCGGACUCUAUCAUUGUUCUCAUGCCUCCUAUUCAGUCAGUUCUAUUGAGAAUGAGCGAGUUGAAGGCCCCUGGAUUGUCUAUGGCCCUUGAUUCACUUCAGAAACAGAUUUCAAAGUUGCCUGUACCAUACUCAAACAAACAGGAACAGGAAGAUGUGUAUGGGCUCUGCCGAUGCUGCACUGCAGUACUGACCUUUAUACAACCCUUCGUGCAGGAAGUCAAGAAUCAAGACACAAACUCAGAGGCCACUAGUUUAAGAGCUGCUCUUCUAAAGUUGUAUGUUUUUACUAAUGUUUGCAUGAACAGUCUAAGGGAACCCCUCCUCCAAGCUCAACUGGACAGAGAGGGCAACAAAACAGAAAUUUUGCCACUGUGGAAUUUUGCAGCAGAAAUAAUGGCAAUCCUAGUAGUGAUCCAAGAAUCUCUACCAAAAAUCCUGUUCUACCAUCCUGUGAGGGGAAAAGAGGACGACAUACUAGAGAAACAAGCCUGCCAUCCAAAUGAAUCAAAAGCUUGCAUUGCUUACUUGCUGUUUGUCCAACUUAUUGCCAUAGAUGUUUUCCCUGCAGUUUUUAGCCCUGUUUUUGUACUCCAGUGUAAUAUGGAAUACAUCAAUCUUCUGUUGAGUAGAAAAGAUGAAUCAUGGAUUUUGAAAGGACUGGACUUACAUGUUAAAAGUUUGGAAAGAAUAACAGCCUGCAGUCUCCCAGUGGAGCUCUUAGACCUGAAACCAUUCCAUGAGGUUCCGCAGAGCUUAAUUAAAAUUAUGAUUGAAUGUCCUAUCCAGCAUUUGAGAGGAAGAAGCCUUGUGGUGUUCCAGCUCUUUAUAGAGAAGCUUAAUGGUGAAGCAAAGCACAAAUUUUUCAGGCGCAUAAUAAAAACUAGCCAUCAUGCAGGUGUAGAAAGUACCAUCCUCAAAAACAUAAAAAAUCAAGUGGAACAAACCAGAAAGUCAGUCUACCAAGAUGGCUGGUUUGAGGGGACUCGGCUUAUCUCACUGCUCAGAGACACUAUCUGUCUCCCACAGGGCCACGAAACUGACUUGCUACAUGGAAUGGACAGGGUCAUGGAGUCUCUAAAUCUUCUGCGGUAUUUACUGAUACAGAAAAGAGGAAUUUCUACUGGAGAGUGGACAGACCUGUGCCAUAUUGCUGAGACGUACACAAAAUUACUACGUGUUUGUCUAAGCAUGUCAAAAUCAUACUAUGGAACUGAGUUAAAAAGACUUCGAGAAAACAAAAAGAUUAAGGCUAAAGAAUUCAAAGAGGCAUCUGGAAAGAGAUCAGUUCAGAGCUUGAUUGUGAAAACGGAGACGCUUGGUAGCAUGCCACCUGAGGCACAGGAUAAGGUCUUGCAGUGCGCCCUGGUCACAUGUGACUUAAUGGAAAGUCUUGUAGUCCGGAUUGAAGAGAUCAUUGAGGAGAGUCAAAAAUGAAGUACUGCGCACAUUUACUGCAAUCCUAACCUAAUUUCUUUCUAUCUUUCCCCUAUAUCAUGUAGUAUUUUGCAAUGAUAGAAAACAAAGUUACCAUAGCAGUAUUUUCAAUAUUUUUAAGCCAUUUCUACAAAAAAUAAUAAUAAUUAUUCUCAUUUGAAAUAAAAGGUGGACAAUUUUUCCUGACAAACUGUUUGCUUUGCUCUUUGUGGUUUAUGAAUUAUUUUUUAAAGAAAAUAUUUAUGCAAGAAACUGAAUAAAGACUCAACAAUUGGCACUGCACAGUAUGAAACAA